CCCCCCCCCCCCAACUCCCCUCCUCCCCAGUGCUGGAUGUGGGAAUGAUUCACUGUGGGAUUGCACAGGACAACUUGGGCUUGGAUUGCAGAGGGGGUUGGAAACUUUGAAUGAAAUUCCUCCUCCUCCUCCCACCCAGCAGCGGUCACUGGAAACUCUCCCUCUCUGCAGGAUUUGCCUGGGGACCGAGGCGGCGGCAGGAUGGAUAGGUACGAGGACCUGGGCUUGGAGGCCAGCAAGUUCAUCGAGGACCUGAACAUGUACGAGGCGUCCAAGGACGGGCUGUUCCGGGUGAACCGGGAGGCUUGCAAACCCGAGUUCGAGGAGACCCGGCGGGUGUUCGCCUCCAAGAUGAGCAAGAUCCAUCUGCAGCGGCAGCAGGAGGAGCUGCUGGUGAUGGGGCUGGCACCAGCGGGGGCUCUGGGCAGGCUCAACGGGGGCUACAGCCCCCAGACCCCCGGCGAGCCGGACAACCCGCCCGGCGCCGGUCCCGGCGGCGGCCCCCCCGCCGGCGGCGAGAGAGCCGCCCCCCUCCUCCGCCUGCAGAAGCGGCUCAGCGGCGAGAUCGCGGCCAAGCCCCCCGUGUGUGGGGCAGGAGCCCCCAGCCCGUCGGAGCCCCACCACCGACCCAACCGGUACUCGCAGGAGUUGAGCCCCAGGGGCAAUUACGAGAACGACGGUGUCGGGGGCAGGUUCCAGCCCGGAGCUGGGGCUGGAGCUGCUUCUGCCCCGGCCAUUCAGCCGGACUAUCCACCGUCUAGCCCCGGGGUGAGUUGGAAUAAUGAGGUCAGGUCCAACCUGGCCAGCCCCAGGUCCAGCUUCAUCUCCUCCUACGAUCAAGCCCCUCACAGCCCCAAGUCUGCCUCCGGUCCCAGUCCCAGGUCCAGCCUCCUGCAGUAUGGGCAGCUCCCCUACAGUAGCCCCCCAGCCAGGACCACCCCCCCCGACAGCCCCCUCCCCAGCUUUGCUGCCUCUGACCCCAAUGGGCACCGCGCCCCGGCCAAAUUUCCUGCCCCCCCUUCCGAGCAGAGGCUGCCGCCGCCUCCCCCGCCGCCGCCGCCUCCCCUCUCUCUCGCCGCCGAUCCGCAGCCCCCAACCUGGGCGGGAUCGCCGCCCGCCCCCGGGGCAGAGCCGGAGCCCCCCGGCGGCGAGGCCGCCAGAGGCAGCAGGCAGCAGCAGCAGCCGCCGCCGCCGCCGCCGCCGCCCAUGGUGCCCGAGUCCCGGAUCCCUUCCCCUGGCCCCAGCCCGGGGCAAAGCCACCUGCCCCGGGCGGCCUUCCCGCAUGAUCCGGACUGCUGCCACCCGCCGGGGCUGGCUUGCCCCGCUGGCCAGGAGUCCGCCUCCAGGGUCCGCCUGCCCUGUCAGACUCUCCAUAUACAGCCAGAGACCGGACCGUCGAGGGCAGAAUUAAAGUUAGAAGCUCUCACUCAGCGGCUGGAGCAAGAAAUGGACGCAAACCCUAAGGCAGAUUAUUUUGGAACGUGUGUGAAGUGCAGCAAAGCAGUUUAUGGAGCACAACAGGCCUGUCAGGCUAUGGGGAACCUAUAUCACGAUGCCUGCUUCACUUGUAGUGCCUGCAGUCGAAGAUUGCGGGGUAAGGCUUUCUACUUUGUCAAUGGAAGAGUAUACUGUGAAGAGGAUUUUCUGUACUCUGGCUUCCAGCAAUCUGCUGACAAGUGUUUUGCCUGUGGCCACCUGAUAAUGGACAUGAUUCUCCAGGCCUUGGGCAAGUCGUAUCACCCUGGAUGUUUCCGCUGCGUCAUCUGCAAUGAGUGCCUGGAUGGGGUCCCGUUCACAGUCGAUACAGAGAACAAGAUCUACUGCAUCAGAGACUAUCACAAAGUGUUGGCUCCAAAAUGUGCUGCAUGUGGCCAAGCCAUCCUGCCAGCAGAGGGCUCUGAUGAAACAAUUCGUGUUGUUUCCAUGGAUAAAGAUUACCAUGUGGAGUGCUAUCAUUGUGAGGACUGCGGCAUGGAGCUGAAUGAUGAAGAGGAUCACCGUUGCUAUCCACUGGACGGACACUUGCUUUGUCAUGCUUGCCACCUGAAACACAUUGACAGCGGAACUCCUGGCUCCAUCUAUCAGCCUAAAUACUAGGCCUGCCAAUAAGAGAGGCUCUACGCAGGUCUGCUGAGAUUGACACUAAAGCAUUGAAACUCCUCAGCGUCACCACAUGAAGAGUCCAAAUGACGGCUGGCUUCCAAGUGACAUUUUUUACCCACUGAAGAGAGACAAAUGAGAAGUGGACCAUCAGCUUACAAUGAGUAACUUUUCUUAAAAUACUUUUUGAUCAGUUAUAAUAUUAAAAGGACAGAAAAGACUGAUCUACAAAGAAUCUCCAUUUUAUGGAACUUCAGUGUUACCAAAAUGUAGACUCCCGUUGUUGCACCAAAUCGUAUUGAAGUUAGCUUUAUAUGAACAUUUGACAGGAUGCACAUUUUUUUUUAAAAAGAGGUUUCGUGUAUUGAAACAGAAUUUGUCACAUAAUUAGAUUCCCAGGACAGAAAAGGAUCAAGUGUUACACAGCCUGGUGCAGCAUUAACAUGAUUUUUUUGGGGAGAUGGUGGUGAAGUGGUAAUAUCACUGGAUUAAUACUCCAGAGACACAGACUAAAGCUCUGGGGACAUCGGUUCAAAUCCAACCAUGGCAACUGGUGGAAUUUAAAUUAAAUUAAUAAAUCUGGAAUUGAAAGCUAGUCUGUUUCAUGGUGACCAUGAAACUAUCUGCUGCCCUCACCUGGUCUGGCCUACAUGUGACUCCACAGCAAUGUGGUUGACUCUUAAAUGCCCUCUGCAGUGGCCUACCAAGCCGCUCAGUUCAAGGGCAAUUAGGAAUGGGCAAUAAAUGCUGGCCUUGCCAACGACACCCACAUCCUGUGAAAGAAUUUUUUUUUUUAAAAAAACAUGGUUGGUUGGCACAUCAGUGACAUGUAACCCAGUUAGGGAAAUGGAAUUGUUCCAAGGAUCUGCAGUCAUCUUUAGUGCUGUGUUUUCUGCUCUUUGGCUAAGACUGUUUUCCAGGUGAAUGUAUUUCAGCAAUCAAAACAUUAUUAAAUCUAUCAACUCUCCUGAUUUAGUCAGGACGUUUUGCUGUUCCAAAGUUGAA